GAUGAUUGGGAAAGAGGGCUUGGAUAAGGAGCCCAAACCAUUAGUUUAUAUAAAGCCUAGUGUUUAGCAUUGAGCUCCAUCCUCAGCUUUAAUCCCUCCAUCUGCAGGAGUGCCAUGCCAUCAGGGCAUGGCUCUGGCAGGGCUCCCAUCUUUCCUGGGGAAGCCAAGCUGCUCACUGGGGAGUAAUCCCUUCAGGAGAGCAGGUUUGCAGCAAGUGCCACACAAUGGCAGAGGGGCCUCAGCAGCGAUGGUAUGGGGGGAAUGUGGGAAAGUGUAAGGUGAGGCCAUGCCCUGCUUUGGUACCUGCCCCCUGGAACCUGCUGUGCCUUCUCAGGGGGCUGCUCUGUGCUACAUAGAGAGACUGCCCUGGGACACGCAGCUCUCCCCCCUUCCAGAGGGAAUAGUGUUAAUGGCCAGGACACAAAUGCAGCCAGGUCUUCUUGUAUUUGCUCCUUGGCUGCAGGAAAGGCCCGGAGUGCCACAGUCCUGUCAGAAAGCUUCAUCCAGCUGAAGGAGAGGACAAGUAGUGAACUGCCAGGGUUAUCCAGCCUCCACCUUACCUGCAAGAUAACACAUCCACACAAGUGGGUGCAAGGACAUGGCUGCUGCAAUUCAGAUGGAGCAAAUUCCCCUCCCUCCCUCCUUCCCUGCAAAUGUGAAUAGCUUUUUAUCCUAUCUUGAAAAGAAAGCAGAUGCAAAUGUAGUUCAGGUACUUUCAGCAGUUUAAGUGCUCUUUGAGGUUGGGAAGAAGAAAUCUGAUUAGGGUUACAGCUGUUUCAUUUCCUGACAGAUGCACGGGGUGUUGUGUGCUGGCGAGCUGCGGAUGUACACACACACAGCAGCCUCGUUUUGUAUCAGUGGCAUAACCACACAGCAGCCGGCAUGUUCGGAACUCCUUGUCCUGGACACCCUGCCAAAGAACUUGGAAUAAGAAUUCCUAGACCACUGGGACACGGACCAAGCAGAUUCAUCCCUGAGAAGGAGACAAUUCAGGUGGGAAAGGAGGACGCCACGAUGCACACGCUGUUUGCUGAGUCUUUUGCCACUCUGGGCCGACUGGACAACGUCACCUUGGUGAUGGUUUUCCACCCGCAGUAUCUGGAAAGCUUUCUGAAAACUCAGCACUAUCUGCUGCAGAUGGACGGCCCGCUGCCGCUCCAUUACCGGCACUACAUCGGGAUAAUGGCUGCAGCACGACAUCAGUGCUCUUACCUUGUUAAUCUCCAUGUGAAUGACUUCCUUCAUGUUGGUGGAGACCCUAAAUGGUUGAAUGGUCUGGAAAAUGCACCUCAAAAAUUGCAAAAUUUAGGAGAACUGAACAAAAUGUUGGCUCACCGACCCUGGCUUAUCACCAAGGAACAUAUUGAGCAACUUUUGAAGACUGAAGAGAACAGCUGGUCCCUGGCAGAGCUGAUCCAUGCAGUCGUUCUCCUUACACACUACCACUCCCUUGCUUCCUUCACGUUUGGCUGUGGGAUCAGCCCAGAGAUCGACUGUGAAGGGGGUCACACUUUCAGGCCCCCCUCUGUCAGUAACUAUUACAUAUGUGAUAUAACAAAUGGUUACCACGGGGUGGAUGAAAUCCAUGCCAGCCAAGCUGGAAGUAUUCCAUCUACAGAGUCUGUCUGUGAAGUUGAAGCUCUUAUGGAGAAAAUGAAGCAGCUGCAGGAGUGCAGAGAUGAAGAGGAAGCCAGCCAAGAAGAGAUGGCCACGCGUUUUGAAAGAGAGAAGAGAGAAAGCAUGUUUGUGUGUUCUUCAGAAGAUGAAGAAUCUGCAGCAACAAGAGAUGUGUCUCGUCACUUUGAGGAUACCAGCUAUGGCUACAAAGACUUCUCCAGACAUGGAAUGCACGUGCCCACCUUUCGUGUUCAGGAUUAUUCCUGGGAAGACCAUGGCUAUUCCUUGGUUAAUCGUCUUUAUCCAGAUGUGGGACAACUACUUGAUGAGAAGUUCCAUAUUGCUUACAAUCUGACUUACAACACAAUGGCCAUGCACAAAGAUGUGGAUACCUCAAUGCUAAGACGAGCUAUUUGGAACUAUAUUCACUGUAUGUUUGGAAUAAGAUACGAUGAUUAUGACUAUGGUGAAAUUAAUCAGUUGUUGGACCGCAGCUUUAAAGUUUAUAUCAAGACUGUGGUUUGCACUCCUGAAAAGACCACAAAAAGAAUGUAUGAUAGCUUCUGGAGACAGUUUGAACACUCUGAGAAGGUCCAUGUAAAUUUGCUUCUGGUAGAAGCUCGGAUGCAAGCCGAACUACUUUAUGCUCUGAGAGCUAUUACUCGCUAUAUGACCUGAUGUCUCUGGCUGCCUGUCGACGUUGGAAUGUUCUGCAGCUGCAGUAUGGCAGAGGAAGAUACGAAGCCUCAGGACCAACAGUAGCUAUAAGUUAAGAUGCCCAUUGUGCCAUAACUCCUUUAGUUUCAGCUAUUUCCAUGUUUGGAAUAUCAUUGCUGCCACUGGGCAGCGAACGCUUGGCAGUUGACAGACAGGGUUGUGCAGAAGUGCUGCCUGCUCAUGGUAUUUUGGCUUUAGACAGCCCGGGACAUUCUCUGAACUUGUGGCAAUAUAGCAAACCAUAGAUACGUAGAUCUUGUGUUAAGGCAAAUACUGUGGGAGUCGGAGCACGAAAAGAACUGGGACUUGAUGCCAUUUGCUUUCCCUAUGAGAAUAAUUUUAGAAAAUCUUGAUGCUGCUAUUUGUGCAGGUGGAGUGAACAGACCCAGGCUGUUCCAGUUGAACUAGAAGUGAAAGUGAGCACUGCUAUUGUCUGAGCCUUUACUGUGUGUGGUUUCAAAAAAGCCUUGUUAUUUAGAUUCCCUGUUUAAUCAGAACUAAACCUCCUCUGUCCACACUGAUAAUCUGAAAGAUAGCAGUCAAUUUUCUCAACUAGUUUAGCCUUAAAAACAGGAUGUUUGUUCAGCAUUAUUUCGUGAGCUCCGAAGUGCAAUGGUCUUCCUAUGGAAAGAAGGGGACUGGAGUCCUCAGAGCUUCUUAGAGAUCUACCUACACAAAGUGUCGAGUAGCUUCUUGUCCUCCUUUUCACGGAUGAACCAAGAAGGAGCUAGGACAAGGUGUGGGAAUGUUGUUCUAGACUGCCAAACAGUCCUACUGUAUUACAUGCCCAACGCUGGUCUUAAUGAUUUUUGCAGUUGCUUAAAUAACUAGGCUAAAAAACAUCUAUUUUUAGUAAAUCAAAACAUGAUUUAAAUGCUGACAUUUAAUAUACAGUGGUUUUGAAGAACACAUGAAUACUUUUGUAUGAGUGUGAAUUGCUUUUUAAAUUUGUCAGUAUUACU